CCACAGCCUUGGUUGUGUCACAACGAAAUGCCUAGGUAUUGCGCGGUUGCUUGCUGCUCUAAUCGAAGUGGCCAGUUGUCAUCUGAUAAUCAGAAGUUGGGCUUCUACCCGUUUCCACUGCAAAACAAAGAAAGACUUAACAAAUGGAUCAAAAACAUGAAACAUGACAACUGGUUCCCCACAAAGCAUCAAUGCAUAUGUAGUGAACAUUUUACUGCAGAUUCAUUUGAAUGGCGCUGGGGUAUCCGUUAUUUGAAGCCACAGGCUGUACCAACUGUUUUCCCAUUUUCAAGUCAUCAGCAGAAGAAGAAACUGUGUUCUCGAUAUAUUCGUAGGAAAAAUAAUUUUCCAAAAGAACCAUCAGAAACAAAUCCCCAAAACUUUGGACCUGCUGCAACAAAUGAAGUAACAACCAGAGAAAGACUAGAAUCAUCAGUUCCUAAUGCAGAGUGUGAUGAGCAAUCCCAAAGGAAUUCAGAACUUAACACUGCAUCUGACUCCCUUGGAAAUCCAGAACAAUCUUUUGACACCACAUUAGCUGAAUCCUUCAUAACAAUAAAAGAGCUUGAAACAAACAAAUUGUUCAAUGAUCAGCAACCCUUUGUCACUGAAAACGUUCUACAAGUUGAGCAUUCAUAUUGUAGACAGGAUACUGGCAAGGCCCAGCUCUGGGAAAAGAUUUUCAGAUUACAGAAGAAGAUAAAAAUACUUCAGCAACAAGAGCAGAGGACUGCAGCAAAGCUUAAAAAAAUGGAACAACUGAUUGAGCAUCUGAGAAAAGAAGAUCUUACUUCUGAAGAAAAAAUGAAGGUUAUGGAAAACUGUUUGACCACAUUUGAGUUAACUGUGUUACAAUAAAUAUCCUUUGUGAUUAUAGAGUCAUAGGGAUGUACAGCAUGCAA